UCUGUGGACUUAUUGUAAUUAAUUACACAUUAUUUUAAAAAUGCCUGUAUUAUAUUCUUUAAGCUAUGUAGUAUUAUACUUUUAAUCUUGAUAUAAUAUUUCUUUGUAUAUAGUUUAUUUUUUUUAAUUAAUUAUAAUAGCUGGUUUAAAAAAGGUUGUUUCAAUGAAUUAUGUAAUGGAACAGUUGGUGCAAAAUACUGAAGUCAAGGCACCUGUAAAACCUUCUAUAGGCAAAACUUUAAUAUAUAUUACAGGCGGUUUAGGAGUGGGCGUUAGUAUUAUUUGUAUAUCAUUUGUUUCUCCAGCGUUAAGAAAAUUUUGUCUACCAUAUGUACCUGCUACCACUGAACAGCUAACCGGAGUAACAAAAGCAUUGACUGGCCGAUGUGGAAAAUUGUUGGAUGUGGGUUCCGGCGACGGUAGAAUCGUAUUUACUGCUGCUAAGUUAGGCUUUAAGGCGGAUGGUGUGGAAAUUAAUCCCUGGCUGGUUAUUUACUCCAGAAUAACAGCCUUAUUUAAUUCUCAAUACAGAGAUACUCAUUUCUACAGACGCAACCUCUGGAAUUUUGAUUUCAAGCUUUACGAUCACAUUGUGAUAUUUGGAGUAGAGCAAAUGAUGAGGGAUUUUGAGAAGAAAAUAUUGAAAGAGACAAAUAAUGGUACUAUAAUAGUUGCAUGUAGAUUUCCAUUGCCUAAUAUGAAGCCAGUUGAAACAAUUGGCCAUGGUAUAGAUACGGUAUGGAAAUAUAUUGUUAAAAGAUAAAUAUGUUGUAUAAUGUUAAUAAAUUUAAUGAA